AGAGACGCUCGAGGUCGGCAGCUAAGCCGACAGGUCGCUCCAGCUCUGCGCGGUGAGGAGCUCCCGGUCCCUGGAGAAGGGGCGCGUCCCCCGCGAGCCCCCGGGAAGCACCGCGCGCUCAGGAGGGACGGCCGGGCUGCCGCCCCCCGCUGAAGGCUCGGCGCCGGGCGCCCCUCCUUCCCACCUCCAGAGCGAGGGAGGGAGGGAGGAAAGGAAGGAGGGUCCCACGGAGGCGGCACAAUGGCCCGUCGUGGGGGGCUUGGGCUCUGCUUCUUCCCAGAGCUGCCUCCCCUCCUCCGACAGCCGCGAGGGCUGGCUUGAAGCCGGGCUCCCCAGCCUCCCGCCGACGGCCAGCGCGACCCCCCGGGGCCGGGGCAGCGGCGCCGGCAUGUCGUCAGGCACCAUGAAGUUCAAUGGCUACUUGAGGGUCCGCAUCGGCGAGGCCGUGGGGCUGCAGCCCACCCGCUGGUCCUUGCGCCAUUCGCUUUUCAAGAAGGGCCACCAGCUGCUGGACCCCUACCUGACAGUGAGCGUGGACCAGGUGCGCGUGGGCCAAACCAGCACCAAGCAGAAGACCAACAAGCCCACCUACAACGAGGAGUUCUGCGCCAAUGUUACCGACGGCGGCCACCUGGAGCUCGCCGUCUUCCACGAGACCCCCCUGGGCUAUGACCACUUCGUGGCCAAUUGCACCCUGCAGUUCCAGGAGCUGCUGCGCACAGCCGGCACCUCGGACACCUUCGAGGGCUGGGUGGACCUGGAGCCAGAGGGGAAGGUGUUUGUGGUAAUAACCCUGACGGGGAGUUUCACUGAAGCUACUCUCCAGAGGGACAGAAUCUUCAAACAUUUUACGAGAAAGCGCCAGAGGGCUAUGCGAAGGCGAGUCCACCAGAUCAAUGGACACAAGUUCAUGGCAACGUACCUGAGGCAGCCCACCUACUGCUCUCAUUGCCGAGAAUUUAUCUGGGGCGUCUUUGGGAAGCAGGGCUAUCAAUGCCAAGUGUGCACCUGUGUUGUCCAUAAGCGCUGCCAUCAUCUCAUUGUUACAGCCUGUACUUGCCAAAACAAUAUUAACAAAGUAGAUUCAAAGAUUGCUGAACAGAGGUUUGGAAUCAACAUUCCACACAAGUUCAACAUCCACAACUACAAAGUGCCAACAUUCUGUGAUCACUGUGGCUCCCUGCUCUGGGGGAUAAUGCGACAGGGGCUUCAGUGUAAAAUAUGUAAGAUGAAUGUACAUAUCCGAUGUCAGGGCAACGUGGCCCCCAACUGUGGAGUGAAUGCUGUGGAGCUCGCCAAGACUCUGGCAGGGAUGGGUCUGCAGCCAGGAAAUAUCUCCCCAACCUCGAAGCUUGUCUCCAGAUCAACUUUGAGAAGACAAGGAAAGGAAAGCACCAAAGAAGGAAAUGGGGUUGGGGUUAACUCUUCCAAUCGACUUGGUAUUGAUAACUUUGAGUUCAUCCGCGUAUUGGGAAAAGGGAGUUUUGGGAAGGUGAUGCUUGCAAGAAUAAAAGAAACCGGAGACCUCUAUGCAGUGAAGGUGCUAAAGAAGGAUGUGAUCCUCCAGGACGAUGAUGUGGAAUGCACGAUGACUGAGAAAAGGAUCCUAUCUUUGGCCCGCAACCACCCUUUCCUCACUCAGCUCUUCUGCUGCUUUCAGACUCCGGACCGUCUGUUUUUCGUAAUGGAGUUUGUGAAUGGAGGCGACCUGAUGUUCCACAUUCAGAAAUCACGUCGCUUUGAUGAAGCCCGUGCUCGGUUCUAUGCUGCAGAAAUCAUCUCUGCGCUCAUGUUCUUACACGACAAAGGAAUCAUCUACAGAGAUCUGAAACUGGACAACGUCCUGUUGGACCAUGAGGGCCACUGUAAACUGGCAGACUUCGGAAUGUGCAAGGAGGGGAUCUGUAACGGUGUCACCACAGCAACGUUCUGUGGCACACCCGACUAUAUUGCUCCAGAGAUCCUGCAGGAAAUGCUCUACGGGCCUGCUGUGGACUGGUGGGCCAUGGGCGUGCUGCUCUAUGAGAUGCUCUGUGGGCAUGCGCCCUUUGAGGCCGAGAAUGAAGAUGACCUCUUUGAGGCCAUUCUGAAUGAUGAAGUUGUCUACCCUACCUGGCUCCAUGAAGAUGCCACCGGGAUCCUAAAAUCUUUCAUGACUAAGAACCCCACCAUGCGUUUGGGCAGCUUGUCUCAGGGAGGUGAGCACGCCAUCUUGAGACAUCCUUUCUUUAAGGAAAUUGACUGGGCCCAGCUGAACCAUCGUCAACUAGAACCACCUUUCAGACCCAGAAUCAAAUCCCGAGAAGAUGUCAGCAAUUUUGACCCUGACUUCAUAAAAGAAGAGCCAGUUUUAACCCCCAUUGACGAGGGGCAUCUUCCUAUGAUUAACCAGGAUGAGUUUAGAGACUUUUCCUAUGUGUCUCCAGAACUGCAGCCAUAGCCAUGGGGAGAACGAGAGAUGCUAUGAGAAUCAAGAUUUUUCCAGGAAUUUCCCUGUGGGGAAGUCUCCAGCCUCAAUCAGCCUUAGAGCAAGACCCUAAAAGGAGCGGGUAGAGAAUUCCAUGAAGGACAGAGCUUCAACUAUUUCAAGUCUCAAGUGAAUCCUGGCUCU